AUGGCCGAGCGUCCAAUAGAAGAGGAGAAAGCAGCGCUAAUGGAAAAGGCCAAAGCCGCGGUCAGACACAUGCUUGUAGGCGCUAGCAUGGCUGGCGCGACAGGAGCUACUGUGGGCGUUGUACUAGCAGCGCUGCGUAACGAGAGCAUGAAGUUCUAUGCUGCAUCAAUGGGAUCCAAUUUCUUCUUGCUCUCCUCGACCUACAUAGCUUUGGAAGAAGUGGUUGCUGACAAAAGGGGUGACAAGAAAGACUGGAUCACGGGAGCUACUGCUGGUCUAGUCACCGGAGGGUUCUACGCUGGUGUCGUCGGUGGUCGAGUGCGCGGUGUUCAAGGGGCUGCUGCUGGCGCUGCAGUAGGAGCGGCUGUGGUUUUCGGUCGCGAGAAGUUUCACGAAUGGCGUUUGAGUAAAGGCGUGCAGCGGUACGAAGCAAAGUAUGGCGAAGCUCCUGCCGUGUACCAUCCAAUGACUGCAGUGCUUGUGGAGAGCCAAUGUCCCCCGAGAGAGCUGGUGUUCCCGUCGUUGUUGCCAGCGAGCAUAAAGAUUUCAGAAGAGGAGAUUGAGCGCCGUAUCGUCGCCCGUAUGGAUGAGCUCCGAGAGGAAAUGCAACAACACGAAGAAGAAGCGAAAGAUGCAGACGAGGAAACAUCACUGAAGAAAGAAGACGCCUAG